AUGAUGGGAUCGGCAAAAGUUGGUAAAUCAUCAAUAAUAUCACAAUUUUUAUACGAUAAAUAUUUGACGAAAUAUCAAUAUGUUUUACCAGACGGUGCAUCUUUAACAUUGGAUAUUUUAGAUACUUCCGGUGCGUAUCAAUUUCCGGCAAUGCGUGCAUUGUCAAUAUCUACAGCAGAUGCAUUCAUAUUGGUUUUUGCUGUUGAUAAUUCGGAUAGUUGGGAAGAAGUUCAAAAAUUACGUGAACAGAUAAUAGAAGUAAGAGGGCAUAAAGUACCGAUAGUGGUAGUCGGAAACAAGAUAGACGUUGAAACAAAUCGUGCAACAUCGAAAGAAAUAACAGAAUCCACGGCCGUUUUUGAUUGGGAAUGCGGUUACGUGGAAUGUUGUGCCAAAGAUAACAUACACAUAAUCGACGUUUUCAAAGAACUUUUGGUUCAGGCUAAAAUAAGGUAUAAAUUGAGUCCAGCUGUUAGAAGAAGAAGACAAAGUUUGCCAAAUUACAGUUCGAACGGAUCAGCAAAAUCAAAACAUAUGCUUAAAAGAAAUUCAUGUACGGUUGCAUAA